CAUGAAAACUGAUAAUUCUUAAGAAGAUCAGCUGGGAUACUUAAAACUGAAAUAUAAAUGUAAAUAAAAAAAUCAUGGCACAAUCCAGGAUAGACUUCAGUGCUUCAUUUACACAGGACUCUGAUGAAGUUCAGGAAAUGUUUUGUGAACAUUGUGAUAAACAUGACAAGCAUUAUGUUUCUGCUGAAGGAUUUUGUGAGGAAUGUUUCGAGUACUUGUGUGGGACUUGCCUUAAAUUCCAUAAAAGAUUACUGGUCUCUCAUACCAUCAAGGAUAAGGAUAACAUGCCACAGGAUUUCUGUCUGGAGAAAUGUUCUGUUCAUCAAGAUGAAUUAGUCAAGUUCUAUUGUCAAGCUUGCAAUAAAUUUGCCUGUACUGAAUGCAAGACUCAAGACCAUGGGAACUGUAGUAUGGUCAGCCAUUUGCCAGCUCUUGUUCCAGGAAUUGAAAACAGCCAAGAAAUCAAAGAACUCACUGAAAAUCUUGAUGAGUUAAUGAAAGAUUUGGAAAAUACAGAAAAACGUGUGAACAUAAACAUGAAGUAUGUUGCUUCACAAGAAACAAAGAUAUUAGAUAUGGUCAUGAAAAAAAAGAAAGAAAUAUUGUCAGUGUUUGAACAACAUCAGACAGGUAUAAUUCAAAACAUCGAGAAAAAUAUAGAAGAAGCCAUACAAAAACUUGAAGAAAAGAAAAAAGAGAAAAUUAACAAAUUACAAGAAAAUCAAAGGAAAUUAGAAAAAUUAUUACAAUAUGAGGAAAAUGAAAUAAAGAAGAAAAUUGAAAUCAUAAAAAAGAAUGACACAAAAGUUUUGCAGACAAUCAUAGACGAAACCUCAAAAAUGAAAACAAAACUAAACACCGUAUCAACAGAACUGGUUCAUCAUCAAGGUGCAGAUCAAAGAUGUCAAAUGUUUGUUGUAAUGAAGAAGGGGCAGGAAAUCAUUGAUCAAUUGAAACCAGAUGCAGAAAAACAAUGGCAAAACAAUUCAAUUCAUUAUUACAAUGUUGAAUGCAAAGCUUCUGAACAAAAUAUAACGAAUUUACAAGUCUGUGACAAAUUUUUCACCUAUCAAGAAAUACAGGAGUCUGAAGUACAAAGAACUGCUAGGUAUUACACAGAUAUUAAAUUCCCGUCUGACUCCUGGUCAUCUUUAUGCUUUUUAUCAAAACAUUGUCUUCUGACAGACAACUGUAAAUAUGCCAAUCUUGUUAUAUUCAAGGAUAUAUCAGUCAGCACAUCAUAUGAUACAAUAGACCUGCCGGUAGGAGCUACAGCUAUAGCUAGAGUUGACAAUAACAAAGCUGUUGUCACACUAAAUAGACUUGGAAUUAUAAGACUGAUAACAUUUUCUAAGUCUAUGACAGUGACCAACACUGAAGAUAUACAAGUAGGAGAAGGUUGUCAUUGUGUUGCCUAUAGUAACAACAAGCUUCUAGUAUCAUACACAGAUGAACUAGCAACAGUGAAGAUACUCGACAUGUCUGGUAAAGUACAGAAAAUAUUUCAUAGAGAUCAAUAUAGGAAAUGUCUGUUUGCCUAUCCUCAUUACUUAACAAUCAGUGCAGACAACACAGUUAUAUAUGUAUCUGAUGCUGAUAAUAACUGUGUAUUAGGUUUAACCUUUGAUGGGAAAGUCAAGGCCAUUUACAAGGACGACCAGUUGAAACAUCCGUAUCAACUGACAGUAGACAAGUCUGGGGCAGUGUUUGUAUGUGGAUUUUUGUCACAUAAUAUACAUCAAUUAUCAUCUGAACUGACCAAGGUGAAGGUUCUGCAAGGAAUAAACAGACCAGUGGGUGUGGCAUACUGCCAGAAUGAAAACAGAUUGUAUGUGAGAGAAUAUGAGGGUAACAUUAAAGUGUAUGAUUUAUCACUGGAAUAAAACU